CAGUAUGCUUAAUUUUGAGAAACAUCAUGCAGGUCUCAAAGUCCUGUCAUCAAGGUUGAAAAAGCUGGAGAACCUUUACCUGCGUGGGAAUCAAUGCAACGAUAGCAUCUUUUCAUCUCUAAGUGGGUUUUCAUCUCUCAAGUCUUUGGAUCUGUCAUACAAUGAGGUGAUCACAGGAUCAGGUCUCAAAGUCCUGUCAUCAAGGUUGAAAAAGCUGGAGAACCUUGACCUAUUUGGGAAUCAAUGCAACGAUAGCAUCUUUUCAUCUCUAAGUGGGUUUUCAUCUCUCAAGUCUUUGGAUCUGUCAGGCAAUCUGCUGACAGGAUCAUCUACUGGUAUCAAUAGUUUUCAAGUGCUAGCUUCAGGGUUGAGGAAUUUGGAGGAACUUUAUCUAAGUUCCAAUAAAUUGAACGACAGCGUUUUAUCAUCUCUCGGUGGUUUUUCAACUCUCAAAUCUCUAUAUCUGUCAAACAAUAGCUUCACAGGAUCAACUGGUCUCAAUGGUAAAGUUGUAAAUCAUUCCUACCUCAGAUGGCAUUCCCUAGUGAGGUUUAAUAAUUACACGUGUAUUAACCCCUAUUACUGUGACCUCAAUGGCACCCUGCCCGCUCAAGGCUGGUGUGAACUGAAGAAUCUUGAAGAGGUAGAUCUCUCCGGAAACAAUCUAAAGGGCGUACUCCCUCCUUGUUUGGGAAAUCUAUCAUCUCUACGAUCCUUGGAUUUAUCUUACAACCAAUUGGAGGGAAAUAUUGCCUCUAGUCACCUUUCCCAUCUUACGCAGCUCAGAUCCCUCUCACUUACCAAUAACUACUUUCAAGUUCCAAUAUCAUUUGGUUCAUUUAUGAACCUCUCCAACCUCAAGUUCAUUGUAUGCGAUAGCAAUGAGCUAAUAGCUGCACCCAGUUUUCAGCCUUUAGUUCCAAAGUUCCAGCUUCUUUUCUUUAGUGCUUCAAACUGUACUCCAAAACCACUCGAGGCUGGAUUUCCAAACUUCCUGCGUAGCCAACAUGAUUUGGUGUUUGUUGAUCUAUCCCACAACAAAUUCGUUGGACAACCUUUCCCAUCUUGGCUGUUUGAGAAUAAUACAAAGUUAGAUCGACUAUAUUUGAGAGACACCUCAUUUAUAGGUCCCUUGCAGCUGCCACAACAUCCAACACCCAACCUUCAGACAGUAGAUAUUUCUGGCAACAGCAUACAUGGUCAAAUUGCAAGGAACAUAUGUUCUAUUUUUCCACGUUUGAAGAACUUCAUGAUGGCUAACAACAACCUUACAGGUUGUAUUCCUCCUUGUUUUGGGAAUAUGAGCUCUCUCAAAUACUUGGAUCUUUCCAACAAUCACAUGUCUUGUGAACUGCUUGAGCAUAAUUUGCCAACAGUAGGCUCCUCGUUGUGGUUUUUGAAGCUGUCCAAUAACAAUUUCACAGGGCGAUUACCACUCUCUGUGUUCAACAUGACUGGCCUAGAGUACCUCUUUCUCGAUGGAAACAAAUUUGCAGGACAAGUAUCGGGUACCUUUUCUCUUGCAUCAUCAUUUUCGUGGUUUGAUAUCAGUAACAAUCUUUUGUCGGGCAUGCUUCCAAGGGGAAUUGGGAACUCGUCACUAAACCGCUUUGAUCUGGCAAUUGAUUUGUCCAGAAAUCAGUUUGAAGGUACCAUUCCAAUAGAAUAUUUCAAUUCUUCAGCGCUUGAAUUUUUAGAUCUUUCUGAAAACAAUCUGUGUGGGACAUUACCGUUGGGCUUCAAUGCAACACAUUUACGCUAUGUCCACCUAUACGGAAAUAGAUUGAGCGGUCCACUGCCAUACGAUUUUUAUAAUCUCUCUUCGUUGGUGACAUUAGAUCUCGGCGAUAACAACUUAACUGGGCCCAUUCCAAAUUGGAUUGAUAGCCUUUCGGAAUUGAGCAUUUUUGUUCUCAAAUCUAAUCAAUUCAAUGGGAAACUUCCUCAUCAGUUAUGCUUGUUAAGGAAAUUAAGCAUAUUGGAUCUUUCAGAAAAUAAAUUUUCUGGUUUGUUACCCUCAUGUUUGAGCAAUUUAAAUUUUACAGCGUCAGACGAAAAAACUUCGGUUGAACCUGGUAUGACGUCACGAGAUUAUGGAAGCCAGGAAGAAAUAUUUGUAUCCAUAGGUUUUAAUUAUCGUUAUGAAAAAACUUUGUGGCCAGAGAUCGAUGUAAAAAUAGCUGUGGAGCUUACAGCAAAGAGAGAGCUUACAGCAAAGAAAAAUUUCUACACUUACGAAGGCGAUAUCCUUCGUUACAUGUCUGUUAUGGAUCUUUCUUGUAACAGAUUCAUUGGACAAAUCCCGACAGAAUGGGGAAACUUAAGUGGGAUAUUUGCUCUAAAUCUGUCACAAAAUAAUCUCACUGGAUUGAUCCCUUCAUCCUUUUCCAAUCUGAAGCAAAUAGAGAGCUUGGAUCUUUCUCACAACAACUUGAAUGGGAGAAUUCCUGCACAACUCGUUGAACUGACCUUUCUAUCUGUUUUCAACGUGUCGAGCAAUAAUUUGUCAGGAAGAACACCGGAGAUGAAAAAUCAAUUUGGUACCUUCGAUGAAAGCAGUUAUAAAGGGAAUCCUCUUCUUUGUGGACCUCCAUUGCAAAACAGUUGCGACAAAACAGAAUCACCAUCAGCGAGAGUGCCUAACGAUUUCAAUGGAGAUGGUGGCUUCAUAGACAUGUACAGUUUCUAUGCCAGCUUUGGUGUGUGUUACAUAAUUGCGGUGUUGACAAUUGCAGCAGUACUGUGCAUAAAUCCGCAUUGGCGACGCAGGUGGUUUUACUUCAUUGAAGAAUGCAUCGACACUUGCUACUGCUUUUUGGCUAUAAACUUUCGCAAGUUGUCCAGAUUCAGAGGGUGAUUGGGUCUUAUCAUGAUCGAGUGGGCUGCUUUCUGAAUUUGUUGCAAUCCUCUGUGGGGAAGCAGUCGCAUUCCAAAUCACUGGUUGCUCACAACAUGUAUAGCAAUUUGCCUGUGAGAAGUGUUCUGUCGAAGUGUCUGGUUCUUGUUGCUUAGCCUUUCUGUUGUGACAUGACUUGUGUUUGUCAUUGUGCUUGUAUCCAUAUUUGUUUGUUUCGUUGUUAUGUCUUAAUUAUGUUGCGUUUUGGUCUUAGAUUUGGAGAAUGAGCAACCAACCAAUAUUUCCUGGCUUCUUGUGAUUACUAUAUCCCUAAUAAUAUGGAAUCUAUU